CUCUCUCUCUCUCUCUCUCUCUCUUGCUCUUUCUCUUACUUUCUCGCUCUCUCGCUCGCCACGAUAAAAAGGGUCUUCCUUUAUAGCAAGUUUUCUUCUCAAACUGUCUUUCACCGUGUUCAACUCGCGUGCCCAGCAAACUCAUAUACAAAAGCCUCACACACAAACCCAAAAAAUAUUAUAAAAACACACUGAGAGAAUCCCAAAAACUUUUUAUUUUUUUCUAAUUUGCUCGAUUUUUAUAUUUGUCGGUUUUUGAUUUUAUUGAAUACCCCUGUGUUAUUAAAAACUCAGUCUUCUGUUUUGCUUCAAAAUUAUUCGUUGGUCUUUUUCUCUCUCUGAUUGUUACUAUUGUUCUUGAUCUUUAAAUCCGACGGUGGGCUCAAACCAGAUCUUGAAGUUGAAAUUUUAAACUUUGGGUUUUGAUCCAUUUUCCUGGAAGAUUGUUGGUUUUUAUUUUCUGGGUGGUGAAGGGUUUUUAUUUUUUAUUUUUUUGGAUUUUGGGAGAAGGGAAUAUUUUUGACUGAGAUUAUUAUUGGUGGUGGUGGUGGUGAUGAAGGAUGUUGACCAUGAAAAGAGUUUGGAUGUGAGGUAAUAUGGAAGUGGUGGUUACACAUCGAGAAGAAGAAGAAGAUGUCGUUUUACAUUGGUCGCGAGUCGUCAAAGCUAUGGAAGAGAAUUUGUGCAGAGAUAACUACAGAGAUCAACCUUCUUUUCGAGAAUUGGAAGUAUCUUCUUGCAGGACUUGUUUUUCAGUAUAUACACGGUCUUGCUGCUCGAGGAGUUCAUUAUUUUCAUCGGCCUGGGCCAACACUUCAAGAUGUUGGUUUCUACCUUCUUCCAGAGCUGGGGAAAGAGAAAUCUUACAUCAGUGAGACCUUAUUCUCCUUCAUCUUUUUAUCCUUUGUCCUGUGGACUUUUCAUCCUUUCAUCUUAAAGAGCAAAAAGAUCUAUACAGUUCUAGUAUGGUGCAGGGUUCUAGCAUUCUUAUGUGCUUCUCAAGCUCUCCGAAUAAUUACAUUCUAUUCUACCCAGCUUCCUGGUCCAAAUUACCAUUGUCGUGAGGGUUCAAAGCUUGCAAUGCUUCCUCCUCCCGAAAGUGUUCUCGAAGUACUCUUGCUUAAUUUUCCUCGUGGUGUAAUGUAUGGUUGUGGUGAUUUGAUUUUUUCAUCACACAUGAUCUUUUCUCUUGUCUUUGUGCUUACGUAUCAGAAAUAUGGUACACAAAGAAUUAUAAAGCAGUUCGCUUGGUUGCUAGCAGUCAUCCAGAGUUUCUUGAUUGUGGCAUCCCGCAAACAUUACACAGUUGAUGUUGUUGUUGCUUGGUAUACUGUUAAUUUGGUGGUUUUCUUCAUUGACAAGAAAUUGCCAGAGUUGCCCGAUCGAAGCAAUGGAGGUGCAUCUCUAUUGUUACCAGUGACCAACAAAGAAAAGGAUAGCAGAAUCAAAGAAGAGAAUCACAAGCUCUUGAAUGGGAACUCCGGAGACCCUGCAGAUUGGAGGCAGAGAACACAAACCAAUGGCAAGAUUCUAGAAGAUGGAAACACAGUUCAUGUCAAUACUACAAUGAAUGGUGCAUAGAUCGUGGAAAGCUGCCGGUGAUAGAAAAAUGUUGUUUAUUACAACCUUGGUUUAAACGGUUUUAAGUAGCAUCUAUGGUCGGCUCCUCCUAUCUUUGGAGUAAAGACAUGAUUUGUAUUUUAGUGGAAAUAGAUUUUGGUCUUAUGGUUAAUUCUCAUUUUUCUGCUCU